CGUCAGUUAUGUCAUGUGUAUAGCUGGUGUUGCUUGGCUUGCUUGCUUCUUUACUUUGCUUGAACUCGCGUCGUUGGCCAAUUGGAUUGUUUAUCUGAAAGAACAGUUAUCACUUUAUAAACAAAUUCGUUAAAUAAACUCAAGUGCUCUCAACAAAGUCGAAAAGAAACUAUUAAAGUGCCAGUAUUCAAAAGGAUUUAAGAAAUAUGUGAAAGUGACAGUCGCUGAUCGACUUGAUUUUUUGUGCGAUUAAAAUGUUAUUUCGCAUAUAUUCAAGUACCUCCUGUUAGUUUUGUGCAGUGGACUUGCUAGAUAUGUUACGUUUUGGAUAUCUUCUUUGUGUCGAAGACACUUGAUCUCGGACAGUAUGUUCGAUGCAGGAUAAAUGUGGUGAAUAGCAUUAUCAUCUGCUAUAACUUGUCUAUAAUGCAACAAGAGAGUUUGCCGGACGAGACCAGAGGCAGGUUCGAGCGGCGGAAGCCAACGAAGGUGCUGAAGAUAGCAGAGAGCUUCACGAACUUGGACGAGACCGCGAAGGCAGGACGUUAUGUCCGUGGCCCGCAUUCCAAGUCGGGUCGUAGAUACCGCGAUGAAAACGGAGGAAGGACUAAACGUGCGAUGUGUUGUGAUGAGGAAUGUGAUAAGGAGUCCAGUGUUAGUGAGGAGUGUGAGAGACUUGGUGACAGGAGGGUGACAGGUUCCUCUUGCACCGCCCUCAGGACAGCCGUGGCGGCGCUCUAUCCCUUUGAUGACUUCGUUUUGGAGAAAAUCGGGUCUGGAUUUUUCUCUGAAGUUUUCAAAGUGACCCACAAAACGUCGAACAAAGUGAUGGUGCUAAAGAUGAACCAGCAGAGGGCGAACCGGCCCAACAUGCUUCGGGAAGUACAACUCAUGAACAAGCUCAAACAUCCCAAUAUCCUCGGGUUUAUGGGCGUGUGUGUCCACGAAGGUCAACUACACGCCUUGACUGAGUAUAUGGAGGGAGGUUCCCUGGAGCAAGUUAUCUUGGGCCGCCCUCCGGAACCCCUGCCGCAAUCGCUGAGGAUAUCUCUGGCUGCUGACGUGGCCGCGGGAAUGGAGUACCUGCAUUCACUUGGAGUCUUCCAUAGGGACCUUACUGCUAAGAAUGUGUUAUUAAGAAGACACGAGGAAGAAACGUAUACGGCUGUCGUUGCGGACUUCGGUUUAGCGGCCAAGAUCCCUCAUCCUGUCAACGGUUACCGGUUACCUAGCGUGGGUUCGCCGUGGUGGAUGUCCCCGGAAUGCCUGCGCGGGCGUUGGUACGACCACCGGUCUGACAUCUUCUCAUACGGCAUCAUAUUGUGCCAACUCAUCGCCAGGGUUGACGCCGACCCGGACGUGCUGCCGCGCACGGACAACUUCGGCCUCAACUACAUGGCGUUCGUGGAGCUCUGCGACGAGACCACCGUCCCCGACUUCUUGCGACUCGCAUUCAAUUGCUGCAUCUACGAGCCCAAGGCGCGUCCACUAUUCCCGGAAAUAGUGAGCAAGCUCGCCGAAGUGAAGGAGGGGCUGGACGAGGCUGCAUGGGGAUGCCACACGCCGAACAACACGCACGAGAGCGAGGAGGAGUCGUCGGGCCCGCGCUCGUGCCCCGGCCUGCUGGGCUGGCGGCGGCCGCACCGGUACCGCUCCGAGGGCAGUCCGCGCAACGCCAUACACGAUCCACUACAGCACCGGCGCUCGCUGUCGGAGCUGGAGUGGGUGUCGGCGGGCGCGGGCGCGGGCGUGGCGGCGCCGCACCGCUCCGCGUCCGCGCUGGGCGGCGCCGGCGCCGCGCGCCCCGCGCCGCCGCGCCUGGCGCGCCUGCACCGCCUGGCGCACAUCAUGCUGCUGCGGGACGCGCACGCCGCGCCGCACCCCGCGCGCCGCCCGCUGCACAGCUUCCGCGGCGUCAAGAAGAUCCUCCCGCCGCACUCCCGCGCCGGCGCCUUCUCCUCCUGCGUGGAGCUGCCCUCGCCGCUCGUCCGCCUCGGCGACCCCUACCUCUCGGACGACGAGCCGCGCUGCGCCUCGCUGCCCUCCUCGCCGGGCCUCAGCCGCCGCAACAGCGUGGAGCGCGCCGACCCCGCGCCGCCCGCGCCGCGCCCCGGCAACGAGCUCCGCCGCCGCGGCUCCUGCGAGAGCGGCAUCUUCUCCGUCGCCAACGAGGACUUCUGCCCGCGCCACCCCGCCGACUGCUGCUACGGCGCCAUGUGCCCGUGCUCGCUGAUGGGCUGCCACCGCUGCUGGUGGUGGCAGCGCGACGCCGCCUCCGACCGCUCGCUCGACGACGAGUUCGACGAGUCCAGCCGCGACACCGACGCCGACUCCGAGUGCGGCCGCGAGCGCGUGCGCAUGUGCUCCGACUGCCUGCUCAUCUACGACCGCAUGUUCAACGCGCGGCCGGCGCGCCCGCGCCCCGCCGCGGCCGGCGCGGACGACUCGGCGGGCGGCACGCCGCUGGGCUCGCUGCGCGGCGCGGACGAGGCGGACGAGUCCCCGGGGCGCGCCUCGCCCUUCCUGUGCGGCCGCCUCGAUGCCGCGCGCCCCGACUCGGACCCCGCCACGCCCGAGCCCGGGGAGCGCGUCAAGGAGUACCACGUGCUGACGCGCUGCUGCUGCGCCGGCCGCGCCAAGUGCCCCGGCGGCUGCGUCUCGCACGCGCCGCUCGACGAAGCCGAGCUAGGUUACGCGUUGCGCGGCCCGCUGGCGCCGCCGUUGUUGAGCGGCAAGAGGACGUCAUCGGUAUACACGGACAGCUCGGAGGAUGUGGCGUCUCUGGCCGGCUCCGACAGCUUGUACUGCGACGACAGAAUCCCGAGGCACGUCCGCUCGGCGCAGAUCUCCAAGAUAGUCGAAUACUUCGAGAGGAAGGGCGCCGAUUUCAAAUGCGAAAGAUCAUUAAAGGGCCACUCGAGGUUUAAAAUGAGCGGGAGCAAAAUGGAGAUGUUGCAAUUCGGGAAGGGAAAAGAAGGGGAGCGGGCGGAGAAGGAAUACUUUGUCGACGUGAAGCAUCGCGGAGGAGUCGGGGCCAGCCGGUUGUGCGAGCUGGUGGACGACGGUUGCGGCAGAAAGUGCUUGGCGCAGCAGCGGCUGAUGAUCUGCGAGGGCGCCGUUAAGUCUAAACUACCACUUUUCGACAAGAAAUCAUAGCGAACGGGGGCCGGCCGUUCCCCCGGGGAUGGCUGUGUGAACCAAUCAUAAUUUCAUUUUAAAAGAAAUGUUCUGUUCGUGCUCUUCGAUUUUUAAAUUCACGACAGACUGAUCCUCAGCUCUCUGGAGCGGAUGUGCAAUAAAGUGUUUUAAGGCGGCAUGUGUCAAAAGAUUCGUGACUUCCAUAGUGUUACAGAAAUAUAGAUAUUUUUACCUAUAUAAAUGCAAAGCAAUAAUCAUAUUUAAGACUCUUAAGUUCGAUAUUUUUAUUUCGUUAAUACAAAUUUGUACUCGAGUUCAUCGAAAGAAGAAAAGUGACUAGGUGAUCAUUGUCAGAUUACGCAUACAAUGUGUAUCCAAAUUUAAAUGGAUUUUAAUAUCAUUAUUCCCCAAUUUUUACUUUAAAACACAUGUGUCCUAUAACUUUUAAUUGCAUUGCAGUGUUAAAACUGCUUUGAAUAUAGGAACAUGUGAUUUCCAUUUUGCCCGUCCCUUUAUCAAUCAUUCGUACGCGAAUGGGAAAUAAUUUGAUAAGAGGACACACCAAAAAUAUAUGACGGAAUGUCACAGAAAUAUUAAAAAAUAUUUUUAAUCGAUCCCUUUUUGUCAUAUUAGUCAUUAAAAUCAAACAUAUUUAAGAAUCACCAAUAGAUGUUAUAUUUACCACUAGUAUUGUAAAUUGAUCCGUAUUUACAAUCAAUAUAAGGCUCGUGUCAGUAGAACACAUUAAAAUUUUGACGACAAUAUUAUAUCAAGUUAAACUUACUACAAACUGCUAUUUGAAAUUACACUCCAAAUUCAUUGAUUUUGAUAUAAAAAUUAAAUUUAAUACGAAACAUUAAAAUGUAGCGACUCUAAUCCAUUUUAUUUAUAACUACAUAGUCAAAGCGCCAAAACUUUGAAAUUUGGAAUGAGAUAUUUAAAUAGCAUUAUGUAGUUUAAUUUUUCGACUGAAGAAACGGCAUUUUAUUGUUUUGAGAAUGCGUCUAUGCUAUGCCAGUUAGCUAGUCAAAAAAAACACCGUCUAUCGGUCUUUGUCGUUUGAGAAAGUUAAAUUUUCACCCCGUUAAGAAAAAAAAACAUACUAUUGUCAGCAACACUUGGGUUAGCCUGGCAACACCGACGAUCGCCUUUGCCUUUACCAAUAGGUCGCCAUUUUGCAGAGACAGGUUUGGCACAAUUGAAUAACGAAAACAUUUUAGUAUGGUAUAUAUUCGGAAUUAUAAUAUUAUUAACUACUUCAAUUUAUCGUUCAAAGUUUUUUGAAAUGAUUUAAAAGUAGCAUAUUUUUCUCAGUUAAGUUGGGUCUCUGAGCUAUUCGAACCUUGAUAAGCGAUAUGUCUUGUUCUACCUCUUUGUUUAGUUUAAGAGUCGGAGAGGGAGGUAGAUAAGACAAUAUGCAUCUUUAAAGUUAGUGAAUUAGCCCCUUAUUUUGUUUUUUUUUUUUUAUAUCGAACUUGUUCAAAUCGACAGGGACUAAUAGUCGAAUAAUUAUAGUCGUAAAAAGACUAGCUAUUAGGAAAGGUUGAAGUUAGUUCUGAUUUUUGUAGCGGAAAUGAGGAAGAGGUCUUUGAACAAGGCUUGUUAGUCCAGUUAUAGUAAAGUAAUUUUACGUCAUUAAUGUAAAAAGAGACGUCCUGUAAAUAUAAUGAGAUUAAAAAAAACUAUAAUUUAUAUACAGUAUUAUAUUUAGUACUUGCCAGUUGAUUUAUUUAAGUGUACAUAAUGUUUCUUUUUAAAUAAAUAUAUGUUUCAAUAGGUACUAGCGUCAUAAUAUUUUUUUGUAUUUCGGUAUGAAAAUAAGAACUGAUGUUAAUUAUAGCUAAUUAUAUAAGUAGUAAGUUAUUGUCUAUUACAUAACUACCGUUAGACACCGUAAUUUUAGCCGAUAAAUAUUUGCCGUAUUGUUUUUCUUUUUCUUAGUUUAUGGUUAAUUUUUAUAGUUAUUUAUAUCAAAUAAUCUGUCGGCCCGUCCGUUGUCGCAUAGAAAUGACGCGUUUUAAUUCAAAGUAAGAAGUUAGUAAGGAAGUCACUUCAUAAAAAAAAUUAAGUGCAAUUCUGAUUUCAAUGGAAAAAAAACGGUAUAGAAAAACUAACCAGUACGAAAACAAAAACGCAACCAGUUUCAAUUGUGUUACAUUUGUUGUCCUUUCCCGUAAAAUCUUUUUGAAGGAUUCCAUUUACUUCGAGCUAAG